AUGGCUAAUUGGAAUGAUGAUUCACAGUGGAAUGAAGAUACUGUGAGGGAUUGGGAUGAUGAUUCACCGUGGAAUGAGGAUACUUUGAGGGAUUGGAAUGAUGAUUCACAGUGGAAUGAAGAUGACCAUUCAAGACGGUUAUCCAUGAUUAAUGAGGAAUUAACACAAUAUGAAGCAGUAGGUGCAUUGGUUGGUCAUUACUGUGAAAUGUAUAUGUUUAAACAACCCUGUAGAACUAGUGAGCAAACAGGAAAUUUAUGGGUACAAGACAUUAUGAAUGGGCAUGAUGAUCGAUGUCCUGAAAUGUUUAGAGUGGAUAAACAUGUUUUCCACCUCUUAUGUACUAAAUUGGAGGAACAUGGUUUGCGAAAGUCUAGGUACAUAGGAAUUGAAGAAGUGGUCGCGAUGUUUUUAAAUACGAUUGCACAUGGACAAUGUAAUAGGAUGAUCCAGGAACGAUUUCAACGUUCAGGGGAAACUGUAAGUAGGCACUUUCACAAUGUACUACAAGCUUGCCUUAGCCUAUCAAGUGAACUCAUUCGACCUGUAGAUCCUACAUUUCGUGGAACUCAUAGAAAAAUUGAGAAUGAUCCACGUUAUUAUCCAUUUUUUAAGGACGCAAUCGGAGCAAUUGAUGGUACUCACAUACCGUGUGUUGUCCCCGCUGCAAAACGAGAUAGAUUUAUUGGCAGAAAGGGAAAUCCAUCACAAAAUGUCAUGGCUGUAUGUGAUUGGGAUAUGUGUUUCACUUUUGUCUUGGCAGGAUGGGAGGGAUCUGCACAUGAUGCUCGUAUAUUUGAUAGCGCUAUUACAAAUUCAUCUCUAAAUUUCCCUCAUCCACCUCCAGGGAAAUAUUACUUGGUUGAUGCGGGAUAUCCAACACCAAAUGGAUAUCUAGGUCCAUACAGAUCUGAGCGCUACCACCUUCCGGACUUCCGACGACAAGUAGGAUUCCGAAAUAGUAACGAAGCCUUCAAUUAUUAUCAUUCCAGUUUAAGGUGCACAAUAGAAAGAACAUUCGGUGUCUGGAAGAAUAGAUUUCAAAUCCUACGAAAUAUGCGCAGUUACGACUUCCAAACACAAGUGUACUUGGUUUGUGCAACAAUGGCCAUUCAUAACCUUAUAAGGAGACAUUCAAGCUUUGACUUCUAUUUUCAACAAGCUGAAGAUGGUAAUGUAAUUGGCGAACAUGAUCAGACUGAAGCUAGUCAACCAUCACCUUCAAAUGUCAAUUCACAGUCUUCAUCUCAUAUGAAUCGU